ACUCUUGGUCAUCGCGACCUGGGGAUCACGGCGAGGGGGGGGAGCUCGGGCCCCCAGACUCUCCUGAAGAGGGAUGGAAGGAGCAACAGUAAAAAUAAUAGCACCCCCCCCCCAACAACAGCAAAAUCCUCCAAAACAAACAAGCAAAUGCUUUGCAGCCGUGGAAACCUGGUGGUGCUUGUUCUGGGGUAGGAAUUGCCCGCUCCCCGGGCCGGUUCUGCUACCUGGGUGAUGCCCCCGCGUUAUUUCGGGGCAGCCCGGGGUGCAAGAGGCAGCGGGGGGACUGUCGGUAGCAGGGGGGGCACCGCCAGUGCACGCUGCAGGUAAAGUGCAUCUUCUUGUGGAAGGCAAGGUUUGGAGGUCGAGAGGGGGUAUUUUCCAGAGAAUAAGGCUUUGAGAAUGUGACUGCAGCUUCCCAGAGGCAGUGGGGUUGGAAAGAAACUGGGAGACCCUCAACAACCCUCCGUCUUCCCCUCCCCAUGUCCGGGGAGCAGCGCAGCCACAUUGCAGAAGGCAUGAGAGCAGAUGGCUUUCCUGGCCUUUUUUAUUUCUUUCCUUUAUUUUCCCUAUGCAUUUCUAUUUUAAUUUCUUAGAAACACCAGGCCUGGUUCGCUCCCUGGUUUAUGGCUCUGUCUGUGGAGCAGGAUUUGGCCUGAACAGAUUUAAAAUCUUUUAGGGAACAAGGGAAACCAUAAAGAGAUUAGUGCUAAACUCGGAAGAGCUGUAGCAUUGUACAUGGGAAAUGACUGUCAGCGUAUCUGAGCCCAUACAGCGCUGUGCGAUCAGCUGCCCUGGACUGACUGUCCAGAAAUGACAGGCUGGGAAAUAUGUCCUUGCGUUUCGACAACUUCCCAGGACUUAACAUUUUAAUGUUACUCCGAGUCAGAAUGCGGCUUCUCUGUUUUCUGUUUUGUUUGGGGUUUUUUUUGUUGUUGUUGCUGUUAUUUUUUUUCAGCUGGUGAUUAGAUGGACAGGUUUUAAACAGAACAACAUGUUUCUGGCAGAAGGGACAUCAUAACAACCCAGGGAACUCUUAAAAGUUGGAGACCGCGGUGCUGCCAUGUGCUAUUGAGCAGCUGCUGUAUUUCACUCCAGAAGGGGCUGUUUUUCAGCAGCUCAGGCACUGAGGUUCCUCUGUAGGUGCUUACAUUUCUAGCUUUUUGUUUGUUUUUGAAUCUUCUGGCUUUGGCUGUGUCUUCAGGCAAAAUAGGGAUGAAAGCCCUUUGGUUGUUAGUCUGGCCUUUGGGAUAAAAUAUAGCUUCAGCUCGAUCCUGCAUUCCAGGCGUUCCCCAAAAUCUUCUUGGCUGCUCUGCAAGUUUUGAGAGAGCACAGAAAGCAGAUCUGGCCCGUGGUGUGCCUGGAUCUGUUUGCCUCUGACAGUCCCCUGCCUUCUCAAAAUGACUCUGGUAACACCGGGUGACAUUGCUCCAUGUCAAAAGAGAUGGGGAUAAGCACGCUGGCUGUUUGCUGCUGAGAUACGUUACUUGCAGCAGUUGCUAGGAGUUUGUUGGGUUUUUUCCACCUCCUUUCAGCCCUUAUUCAAAUGAGGGUUUAGUUCUAUUCCCAGUGAAAUAUAAAGAUAUUUUGGUAAUGUGGCUUCCUAGUUCCUAGGCAUUUAAAGAAAACUUGAACUGUUUUUUUCUUAAUAACUUUACCAACUGCUUUUGGUGCGUGAUCUUUCCCUGCACGUAAAGAGCACGCCAGCUUUUCUUAGAAAAAAACCACAUAGCAGUCCAGAUUUCACUCACAGCACCGUUCUUCAGCAGCUCUAGCUGGAACGAUACAGACAUAGGAAGGAAGAUCAGAAGCCAUCUGAGGGCAAGUGCCCCUUUCUGCCCUACAUUGCGCUGGGCAGUCACCAGUUUUUGGUGCAAGAUAGAAACAAGCUGCUUGGGCGAGUUCUUACGGGAAGCCAAUACAAACUUCUCCGAAGCAGAUUGUGUUUUCUAUUUCAAAACUGGGACUGGCUCAGCUGGAGGAGCUCUCUGUCAACACAGAGAUUUAAAAAAAAAAGAAGUCAUGUGUUAGAAGUCAUUUGGCUCUUUUGACUUUUCACUUUUACUAUAAGAAAUGAUUAUAGGCUAAGGUCACAAGACAGAGCCGCUAACCUCUGCUUGAACUUCCUCGUGUUCGGCACAUGUGGGUAUUUCAUUAUCAGUUCAGAGCCAUAGCUGACUGGCGGGCCAGACAUACCAGAAAAAUAUGCAAUCUUACUUUUAAGUCAGUCUUUCAACCUGCCUCUACUUCCUCCACAUGCCUAUGAUGGAGGAAGCUGUAUCUUUAAGAAAUGUUUGGGGUUUUUUCCCUGUGAAAUAUUAAUAGAUGCUGCCAUUGGGAUGGAGCUCUUUAAGGGUGUUGUGUAAAAAUACCUCGCUCUGCGUUCGUUGCAGCACGGAGCGCAUAGACGCCUUGUGAUUUUUCUCCAGAGAUGGCAAAGACGGGGCAGAUUUUUGGAGAUGAGGCAGCAAGGAUGCUCUGCAAUAGCAGUGAAUCCCCUUCCCUGCACAAAACUGGGAGCUAUUGACUAUUCAUGGCAAAGUGUCCGAAGCGCAGCAGCAGAGCCUGUGGAAAAUGACAGCGUGUAACAAGAUUGACUGGCAUUUCCUUCACGCUGGGUCACAUGCCUCCUAAUUCACACACACACAAAACCUCAUAGGCUGAUCAAAUGACUCCUAUCUCUGCAGUCCGCAUACCUUCCACAGAAAGAGUUGUUUUAUUAUGCACAUGUACAGCUCUGUUUUCAAUCAGUCACCUUGAGCGAAUGACUGAGGGCCAGUGUUUGCUCCGUCUGGAGGUCCCUGCGAUUGCUCUCGAAGGGGCAUAUUCUCCCUCUGCUCUCACCUGAACUUUUGCUGCGUGGUAUAUGCUGUUGGGAUAACCCUAGGAGAUAGCUCAGGAAUGGUGGAUCACUUGCUGCCUACUGAUGAAUCCUUUUCAUCUACAAGAUCUUCUCUUGGAUACUUCGGGGACAUGACAGCAGGGGUGAGGUCCUACCAAAUGUUGCCCUCUCCCCUGUCAGAAGAUGACAGCGACUCGUCCAGCUUUUGUUCUUGUUCCAGCCCUGACUCCCAGGUUCUCAGCUCCAGCUAUGGAAGCACAUCCAGUGCGGAAAGUCAGGACAGUAUCUUAGACUAUUUAUUGUCCCAGGCAUCUUUGGGCAAUGCCGCUGCAUCAUGGUGGGACAAAAGGAGACUUCAGCCGAUAGUGAAAGAGGAGUACUUUAGGUUGCCUGAAUUUGCUGUGGAUAUGGAAGACUCUGGACCAUUUCAGCCCACGCUUGAGGAAAUUGAGGAGUUUCUGGAGGAGAACAUGGAGUUGGAGCUCAAAGAAAGACCUAAAAGUGAGACCAAGGACUUGAGAUCUUGCAGCCAAGUUUCUGUUGCUUCGCUACAGCAGAAAGACCAUAUGGUACCCAGCGCUAGUUUAAAAGAGAGCAAAAAUGAACAGUUGAGCAGCUCAACGGAAGGUGGCCAAGCUUCAAAUGGGGGAAUGUCCCUGGAGAAUGGGAUACCAGUUAUGCUGCAAAUUCAGCCUGUACAGAUCAAACAGGAGUCCAACACCAGCUCUAGUUCCCAAGGACCAGCACAAGAGAACGUUAAAAUUGCACAACUCCUAGUCAACAUCCAAGGACAGACAUUUGCCCUUGUGCCUCAGAUAGUUCAGUCAUCCAAUUUGAACUUGUCCUCUAAAUUUGUCCGCAUUGCUCCCGUCCCCAUCGCCGCCAAGCCAAUUGGGCCAGGAGGCAUGAUCCAGGGUCAGACGGGAAUCAUCAUGGGUCAGAAAUUUCAAAAGAACCCUGCAGCAGAACUCAUUAAAAUGCACAAAUGUUCUUUUCCUGGUUGUACCAAGAUGUACACGAAAAGCAGCCAUUUGAAAGCCCACCUGAGGAGGCAUACAGGAGAAAAACCUUUUGCAUGCACGUGGCCGGGUUGCGGAUGGAGGUUCUCCAGGUCAGAUGAGCUGUCCCGGCACAGGCGCUCCCACUCGGGGGUGAAACCCUACCAGUGUCCUGUCUGCGAGAAGAAGUUUGCUCGAAGUGACCAUUUGUCCAAACAUGUCAAGGUGCAUCGGUUUCCACGAAGCAACCGUUCCGUCCGCUCCGUGAACUGAUUGGUCCCACUUGCCCCUUCCCGCCCAGCCAUCCUACAACAGCCGAUGACAGCACUUUGUUCACUAUAUUUCUAGUGAUAAUUUAUUUGUCUCCACAGAACAGUCAAUGCUGUUACUCGAUACCACCACGUCUGAGUGUCUCAUGUCCUUUAAAGAUGAUUUGAGAAUGAAGUUCUUUUUGGGUCAGGGGAGGGGGGUGCUUCUUCCUUGCUGUAUUUUUUUUUUAAGGAUGUUAUUUUCCUUUCCUUCUACCUUUCCCUCCUUUGCUGCUGCUGCUUUUGGAAAUUGCAGUGUUUUAUUUUUAGCUGUUUUCUGCUGCACAGGAAAAUGUAAGAGUUGCUUGCUGCUAGUUAAUUAUAGCCCUGGCAUUCCUGAGGGCUUUGCUCAUGUGCAGGCCAUUCAUUGUGAGUUUUUAUUAAGCUGCUCUAUUUGUCCAGUUUGGAAACAGCAAAUUCCUUUUAAAACGAAAACAACUCCUUUGUUUUUUUGGGUUGCCUGAGCCAAGGAUUUGUAGGGGCUGGCCAUAGGAGAAGGAACAGUGGGAGCUGGGGACAGGGCAAGCAAGGCGUGAAGAGCACUGGAAUGUGCCUCUCUGAUUUCCCCAGCUCACGUUUACCUUUUCCUUGGCUAGGGCUAUAUAUAAAUAUUUAUGUAUAUAUAUUCAUACAUAUAUAUUUCUAAGCAAAGGCAUACCCCAAGCAAACCCAAAAGCUCAGGCUGGAUGAAAUGGCUUGGAGCGGAGCCUUUUGCUGUGGCUGAGCAUGUCCCAUGUGCAGCUUCUCCUGUCCUGUGCUGCUGUGGGGCUGAAAGGAUGCCCAUGCCUAGAAGGAAACGCUGCUUUCCUUUGACCCUGGUUUGCAGCACCCACUGUCUUUAGCAGAAGAGCUCUUGUCUAGCACGUAAAACAGCAGGAAGCCGUUCUUGAGAACUGAGCCCUGGACCAGGCUACCCAGAGCUGGUGUGGAGUCUCCUUCUUGGGAGGCAUUCAAACCCACCUGGGCACGAUCCUGUGUGAUCUGCUCUGGCGACCCUGCGUUAGCAGGUGGGUUGGACUGGAUGAUCUCCAGAGGUCCCAUCCAGCCCCAACCAGUCUGUGAUUCUGUACCAGCUGAGCUCUGUUUCUGCCUUUGCUUUUGUCCUCUGGUGUGAUCUUGGGGGAGAAACCAGAGCACCAGCCCUGGAGGUGCCUGGUGAGCACGGGGCAUCCUGAGCAUCCACAGCGAGUCACCACCUCACUGGUUGGAGCUGUCUCCGUUUGUCCACUGUCCUGCAGGGUGUUCCUGUACCCAGGGGAGGGUGGGAGGCAUCAUGGCCUGGUGGGACAGCACCGUGAGAUCUUCUGUCCAAGCGUGAUCUUCAGCGCUAAUCCUCCCCUUCCCAACAGCCAUGUCAGAGCUCCGUGCAGCUGGGGUGGGCGAAUGGGUGAGAACAGUAGCCAAAAGAAACAAAUUUGUGUGGUAGCUGGCUAAGAAGGGAAUUCGAACAAAUAAUCAGAUGGUAGCAGGCAAAUGAUUUUGUUUGUGUUUCUUCUUGUUGCUUUGUUUUUCCUUUUGAACUCUGGUGAUUGUAAGAAGCUUUAGAAAAAAAUAGAAUUCAGUAAUUAGGCACGAUUUUAUAAUGGAUGUUAGAUUUCCUUUCCAUUCGCAGGCGGCAUCUGUUUGUCUUUUUGUUGGCAAAAUGGGAAAUAGGAAACUGCGAUUGUAGCACUAGGCAGAGCAGGGGCCCACGCUGUGCAAGAACAGCAGGUCUGGCUAAAGCGAAUGCAUUCCUUUUGUCCUCUAGAAAUUAAUAUAAAUGAACUAUCAUCUAUUGACUGGUUUAUAUCACAUCCUAUGAAUGUAUGUAAAUAAAACUGUACAUAGAUGCAUAUCUAUAUAAAAUAUCUUUUAAUAACGUAUCAAAAUUUGUGUAAAUUGGAAACAAAAAUACCUAUAAAGCCAGUGUACAUAAGUUACAAUUCUGUAUAUUUUCUUUUGUUCUUCAUAAAAAUAUAUUUACUUUGACAAUAAAAUGAAAAUGGAAAUUUUAAA